UGCAGCCAAGACAUACCAUCAUGCCGAUCACGGCAAACCCCUCAUCUGUUGAGAUAAAUCACCUGAAUCCAACCCCCGACUAUAUUUCUUACAGUUACAUCUAAAGCGUUCUACAGACAUGGCAGCCAUCACUGACGAAUUCCGUCUCGGAGUCGACGUAGGCGGCACCUUCACCGAUAUCUGCGUCUUCACUCCCCAUAGAGGGACAGUCCGCGCCAAAGUCCCCACCACGACUCCCAGUCAAACGAUCGAGAUCCGUAACGGAAUAGCGAAAGUGCGACAGAUCCUCAAGCAGCGGUAUGAUUGGGAUGGAAUGUUUCGUUUUAUCCACCAUGGGACCAUGACGGCGACUAAUGCCGUGCUGGAAGGAAAGGGUGCGCGGACCGCGUUGGUGGUAACGGCGGGUCAUAAGGAUAUUUUGUCUGUUCGUCGCUCACAAAUCCCUGGCGGUCUUGGGGCUUGGCUUUAUUAUACGCCUCCUGAUCCUCCGGUGCCGCUUGAAAGGGUGGUUCAGUGUACGGAGCGAAUGUCGGUUCGUGGUGAGCCGGUUGUUGCGGUCGAUGGGGAUGCGUUGAGGAGGGAUUUAUCGGAGCUGGUGAAGAGAGAGAAGCCGGAAGCAGUGGCGGUCUCGCUACUGAAUUCAUAUAGUAAUCCUGCUCAUGAGGAGUUGGUCGCGAAGAUAAUUCGAGAACAUCUAGCGUCCGAGACGCAGGCGAUUCGGGUGUUGAAGAGUGAUGGCGGCUUGACGAGCAUUGGCCUUGUUGAGAAAUUCCCUGUGAAUAUCCUGAUGUCUGGCCCGGCUGCAGGAGCCAAAGGUGUGGCUGAUGCGAAUCUGAUUACUCUUGACAUGGGAGGAACCUCAACUGACUGUGCGCUCAUUUGGGAUGGAAAGCCGCGCAUCCGCCGCGAUACGGUCGUUGAUACAUUAUCAGUGCGUGCACCGGCAGUGGACAUUCAUACCGUGGGUGCUGGAGUUGGGCCCGAAAGUGCUGGAGCAACGCCAGGUCCCGCAUGUUAUGGAAAGGGAGGCACAGACGUGACGGUGACCGAUGCUAACCUCAUACUGGGAUAUCUGCCCCAAAUACUGCUGGGUGGUGAAUUUGCGCUGGAUACAGGAGCAGCAAAGCAAACUGCGGAGAGUAUGAUUAACAUUGUUAAUAAAAUCAUGUAUGGAUAUGAUUCACGAGACUUUGCGCUCGUUGUAUUUGGUGAAAAGCUUCUCAGUGCAUGGCCAAUUCUGUGUACGCAGGGUGACCUGAUAACUAAGCUGAGUUAUAAGCAAGACACCUCGUCGGAGGAACUACGACAUCAGUUGGAAAGGCUGGAAAAGCAUUAUGAACAGACAAUGAAAGAGUCUUAUGGUCCGGACUGGCCUAUGCUGUUGGUUGCCACUUACGAGGUUGAUGUCCGAUAUAAAGAGCAGGCUUUCACAAUCAGCAUCAAUCUCUCGCGCGACAAAAUUCACCUUGACAGUCAGGAAUGGCAUCGGGUGUUACAAGAAGCAUUUAACACAAAGCAUCAACAGCAGUUCGGCUACUGUCUUCCCGACUAUGAACUCGAACUCAUGCGAAUCGGAGUAACCCUCGAGGACGCCUCCCCGGAUGUGGAACUACCUGUGGUUCCAAAAGCAGAGACUAGCGAGCCUUCACCCUCAGCCAUGGUUGGCACACAGAUUAUUAUCAUGGAGGGCCAAGAACAGGUGGCUACCGUGUGGAACCGAGAGAAGAUCACGUUCGAGGGAAUUCGGGUUGAAGGGCCCUGCAUCAUCACGGAGAUGGAUAGCAACACGUUGAUUCUUCCCGGCUACUCGAGUGAGAUUGAUCACAUAGGCAAUAUUCUCAUUCAGCCCUUGGCAGAGCAGCAGCAGCUCUUAACGAUCCAUCAUACUCCCGAAACCGCAGCAGAGUUGAUGCGUACUAACCCGCUCAUACCGACUUUGAUUUCUUCCUCACUAGCAUGCAUCCGCGGCGAGAUGGAUAAACUGAUGCUCCGCUGCAGUAUGUCUCCUGCUAUUCGAGAACAGCAAGACGAAUUCAAUGUCAUCACGACUGCAGAAGGCAAGAUGCUCGUGGGUCAAUUCGGCAGCUUCAUCACGGAGUUCCUUGGGACAUGGACGGGAAGCAUCGAAGAAGGCGAUGUUUUCAUCACCAAUGACACAUACAUGGUCCAGGGUGCUGUCAGUCACUUGAACGGCGUGAUCAUCAUUCUUCCCAUCUUCCACGAGCAUCAUUUGAUUGGCUGGGCCUCCCAAUUCGGCCACUUGACUGAUGUCGGCGGAAUGGUUCCCGGAAGUAUGUCCAUCAAUGCCACAUCCAUCUAUGACGAUGGAGUCCAGAUCCCGUGCAUCAAGCUCUACUCUCGAGGCAUGAUAAACAGCGAUCUGGUGGAUCUUCUAUGUCGAAACUCCCGCCAGCCUGCGUGGUAUCGAUCGGAUCUGACGGCCCUUGUGACCGCAUGUCGCAUGGCAGCAACGCGCAUCUCCGAGCUGGCUACCCGCUUUGGAACCGAGGUAUAUCUGGUAGCAUGUCGGGAACUUUUGUGUCGGAAUCGAUCGGGACUAGCCAAGAUUGUGGAGCGUCAGUUCGAUGAUAAACUCGGUACAUUCACGGAUUUCGUCGACGACGACGGUCACGGCGUCGGACCCUGGGCCGUGACAUGCUCCAUGCAGAAUACCAGUGGAGGAGGGUUAAAGUUCGACUGGAGUGGCACCUCUCCACAGAGCGAGCAUAGCAUCAACUUCUAUCUUUUGAAGACCAUGUUCAAGAUGCUGGUCGGAUACUACCUCAUCGCCGCUGCUGCCCCGGGAACAGUCAUCAAUGAUGGUUUUCAUGAUCUCAUCGAAGUUUAUAUCCCUGAAGGCACUGUUCUAAAGCUGGUCCGCCCCGCCGCAAUCUCCUGUCGCACUCAUUUCCUGGGCAGAACUAUGGACAAGAACGAGGCCUAUGUGGUGGCGGUUGGGUUCAGCGACUCUUCUUAUUUUUUUUAUUCGGGAUAUUAUCCCUCCGGAGAAUGUGAUGGGCUGGACUGUUAUUGCCUGUUUCCUGCUAUCAAGUUGAUUCCGACGGAGAGCAUCGAGCUGAAUUAUCCACUCUGGAUUGAGGUGAAUGAAAGUAUUGCGGAUAGUGUAAGAGAGGAGAUUAGCUUGUAUGAUGAUUGGUGGUUCACGAAGCUCCGGGACAGCGCUCGCGGAAGAUCUUGUAUUGGUAUUCUCGGGGUGUAG